AUGGCGGUUUUGCUGAGGUUUCUUCUCUUCAUUUCCUUGAUAGGCUGUUUGAAUUUAUGCCUUGCUUCAACGUCCGACAUUCUCCAGGCAAUCAAAGACCUGCAAGAUGAUUUGGAGUUCCUUAAAGAGGCCCAAGACCAGUAUACGUCUGAUAUCACUCGGCGAGAUCCCCAAUUCUUUCGGCCUGGAUUCGGUAGACCUGGAUUCGGUAGACCGCCGUUCGGCCUUGGACGGCCGCAGAGGCCACCGCCACCGCCACCACCGCCUACCCCAUCUGUCGACCUAGAGAAGCUGUCUGAGUUGAUAGACAGUUUGGGAGAAUCUUUGCAAAUUCUCAUUGAGUUUGUAAAAAACAAUCUCCCCCUUCCACCUCCCGCAACAACGAGCUUGAUAUUAUCAUCGGUAACGUCCACUUCCCAGGCCACCUUUCAAUCGAUCACCAGUACCACGUUUGGAGUUUCAACAACAUCCUCUGACUUCACAUUGACCUAUUCAACCACUACUGAAGCAUUCUCCUCAGCUGGCUCAUCCACCUCGACUGAAGUUCGUACAACGAGCUUGGAUGAUUCUACUACCACGCAUUCGUCGACGAGCUCGGCUACCAUCACCUCGACAUACGUCGUUUCGACCACCUCGUCCGAAUUAAGCUCCAGUACGGAAUUUACGACGUUCACGCCUUCGAUGACUACAUCGACUAGUUUGGAUAGUCUCUCAAUGACUACGUCUGAUUCAAGCAUCGCAGAUAUCUCGACAUCAACAUCCUCAGUCCAUUUCACAAUUACCUCGGACUCUACAACAACUGACAGUACCGCCACAGCAGAAUCUACUUCCACUUCAUCAGAAACCACUUCUACAACGGAUGAAACCUCAACAACUGCAGAUCCUGGUUCGAGCACCUCCUACACUGACACUACGUCGACGUCGUUAAGUGAUAGCUCCACAUCUCUUGUUGCGGAGUCUACUACAAGUACCGGCGAUACGGUUACUUCAACAGCGACUUCCACGACCGUAUCCUCCACGUCAGAGUCCUCGAUAACUGACAGUACCACAUCUGAGACUUCCACAAUUGAUAGCAGUGCCGUUUAUUCUACCACAACUGACAGUGCCCCCGAGGGCUCCACCAGUAGCACCACGAUCACACAGAAAUCGACAACCACAACAGAUGCCACGACCACGGACUCUACCACAAGCGAGACUUCCACAGCUGGAUCGACCUCGACCGAUAGUACAACAUCGGAUUACAUAACGACUACCAGUACUACCAUGGAGAGCACCACAAGCGAGGCAACUAUGACUGAAUCCAUGACAUCUUCCUCGGCAUAUACUACAGCAACCGAAAGUACUUCCGAAGCUGGAUCUUCUACGACAACAGGAUUAACUAGCGGGUCUACCACUGCGAGCGACUAUACAACAUCAGUAGAUCCUACUACAUCCACUAGUAAAAGCGAUUUCGCUACAUCAGUAAAUUCUACAACGUCAACCACUACGAGCGAUUCCACUAUAUCAACGGAUUCUGAAACACCGACCACUACAAACGAUGUCACAACCACCACCACCAGUAUCCUUACGACCGCCACUGAGGAUGCCUCUACAACCGAAACAACAACAAGCAGUUCGACAAGUACAACAAGCAGUGCUCCGACGUCGACAUCGACAUACGAGUUCGAUCCAACUGCACGAAAUCUCAACCUCGUGUAUUAUGGUCAAACUGGGAGCCCAAUAUCUCUUCCUGAAGUUUGCGCGGACGACAAUAUUGAUAUCAUAACAAUUGGAUUCAUUACCAGCUUCUUCAUCCAAGACGACUUGAACAUCACCAUGAACCAAGGCAACCACUGCUGGGCACCGAACACGGCUCAACAGGCCGCUGGCGCAACCGGACUCAAGGAUUGUGUCGAAGAUGGGCUUACUGGAUACGCUGCUCAGAUCAAACAAUGCCAGGUGCGCGGCAAGAAAGUCCUUAUCAGUGCUGGCGGUGUUUUCUCAGAUCUGGGCAUUCCAAGCGAAGAGGCCGCUGAAAGACUGGCGGACAGAUUGUGGAAUCUCUUCCUCGGGGGCCUCGAUACAGAUAUCGCCCCGACAAGACCAUAUGGCGAUGUCGUGCUUGACGGUUUCGACUUCGACAACGAAAAGCCCGCAAAUAAACAAUGGCUCCCAAAAGUUGCGUCAUCGCUCCGCCAAUUAAUGGCAAGCGACUCUUCCAAGAAAUACUACUUGACCGCGGCACCGCAAUGCCCGUAUCCAGAUCUCUCAAUCCCGGUCGUGGAAAUGCUCGAAUCAAUCGACUUCUUCAGCGUGCAAUUUUACCAAAACCCAUCCUGCCAACUCAACUCCGGGCAAGGCUUCCAGGACUCGGUGCAAGCGUGGUCCAAUAUCCUCUCCGGCGUGACACCAGCGAAGCAGAAGAACAAGAACAAGAAAAUGAAACUGGCCAGGAAGACGCGCCACACCGGGCGCCUCCACCCCGAAAGCGUCCGCAAAGCCAGCUCGCCACAACAUCUCAAACCCUUGACCAAAGCCCAAGCCCAAGCCCAUGUCCGAGCCAACAAACGCCAAACCACCACCACCAGCAUCGACUUCCUCGACAUCGACAACGGCAUCACCAGCCCGCGCCUGCUGAUCGGCACGCCCGCGUACAACUGGGCAACGGCGGAGAACCCCAACACCGGCUACGUCGACGUGGCGACCUACCGCGAAAUUCUGGAGCUCGCCAACGCCCAGAAUCUCACCAGUCUUGCCGGGGCCAUGUUCUGGGAUGGCGGUUAUCAGAGCACGUCCGCGCAGGAGGUUGAUGGCCAGAUGUUCACGUAUGCGGAUGUCGUGAGGAAUGUUUUGGCGCCGCCUCCGCCGCCCUCCCGUUGA